AUGGCCGACCGUAUUCACGACUCGCACCACGACUCGGACAAGAGCGUCACCCUUGACCGUCAGAGCAUCGCCGGUCAGGAGGUUCACCACCAUCAUCACCAUGUCGACUACACUUCCAUGCAAGCAGCAUUCGGAGGUGCCCUCCAGCCCGGCCUUUGGAAGCCAAUGGAGCACCGCAAGUUUGCCAACCCGGCUCCCCUAGGACUAUGCGCUUUCGCCCUCACCACCUUUGUUCUCUCUUGCAUCAACAUGCAUGUCCGUGGUGAGACCGCUCCUGCCAUUGCCAUCCCCUUGGCAUUUGGCUACGGUGGUCUUGUUCAGCUGCUGGCUGGCAUGUGGGAGAUGGCUGUUGGUAACACAUUCGGUGCUACUGCUCUGUCGUCAUAUGGUGGCUUCUGGAUCGCCUAUGGUCUGCUUCAGACUCCUACCUGGAAUGUCCUCGGUGCUGAUGGACCCUACGAGGGCGAUACUGGAUCCGUCAUGGGUUUCUUCUUGACUGGAUGGUUCAUCUUCACCACCCUCCUCCUUAUCUGCACCCUCAAGUCCACCCUCGCCUUCUUCCUUCUCUUCUUCUUCCUCGAUAUCUGCUUCCUCUUGCUCGCUUGCGAGAACUAUGCCCACGACCUCGGCAACCACGCUGCCCAGAUCGCUCUCCAGAAGGCUGCAGGUCUCUUUGGAUUCCUUGCCGCAUUCCUUGCGUGGUACAACGCCUUGGCUGGUCUCCAGGACAGCAGCAACUCCUUCUUCCAGGUCCCUGUGAUCCACUUCCCCUGGUCGGACCAGGCCCGCGAGCUCCGCAAGCAGAAGACUGAGCGAGAGCUGGCUUAA